AUGGCCGAACCGGGGCCGGAGCUGGAGGAGAGCGCGGCGGCGGCGCCGCGACCGCAGGGGGAAGGUCAGGCCCCGCUGCCGGCAGUGAGUGGCGCUGGCCUGCAGGAGCGCGCCGAGGAGGCGAAGCCAGAUCUGCUCCAGGAAGAUGAUGAUUCCUGUAGUGAUUAUGGCAGUCGUGACAAACCAGGGACUGCUUUAGGAAGGACUGUGCCAGAUGGGAACGUGCUUUUUCCAGAUAUUUUUCACACCGAUCAUCUUUUGUUUUAUGAGCGAUUUAAAGCUUACCAGGAUUACAUCUUGGCUGACUGCAAAGCUUCUGAGGUGAAAGAAUUCACAGCUGAGUACCUGGAGAAGGUCCUUGAACCAUCUGGAUGGCAGGCAGUCUGGCGCACUAAUGUGUUUGAGGUCCUUGUUGAGGUUGUUGAUGUGGAGUACUCAGCUCUGAAAGCAGUUGUGCAACUCAGUGAGCCUUUCCUGUGUGAGUCACGGGAUAGCACCUUUACCUUGGAGUGCAUGCAGGAACUCUUGGAGCUGAAGGAGCGUCAGAUACCACUGCAGGAGCUGUGGGUUGUGUAUGAUGAGUCAGGAGAGUUUGACCAGACAGCACUAGCCAUAGAGCAUGUCAGGUUCUUCUACCAGUGCAUCUGGAGGACCUGGGACGAGGAGGAGGAGGAUGAUUUUGAUUACUUUGUGCGAUGUGUUGAGCCUCGACUGAGAUUGCAUUAUGACAUCCUUGAACAUCGUGUGCCUUCUGGGCUUGUAGCUGAUUACCAGAACUUGUUGUCUCAAUGUGAAGAGCUUUACAGGAAGUUUUUAAAUGUGAGGAACAGCAUAUCAAGCAGCGAUUCAGACUCAGAAGUAGAAAAUGUCUCCAUGGUGGAAGGACUAAAAUUGUAUGAGAAAAUAGAGCACUUAAAACAAAAGCUAAAACUAAUUGAGAAUCCUCUGCUGAGGUAUGUGUUUGGUUACCAAAAAUACAGUGGUCUCCAAGCUAAAGGACUGAGACCAACAGGUACCAAGAUCACUCAUGUUGUAUCCUCAACCAUGAUGGCAAGUCUGCUGCAGUCAUUGAUAAGGGACAAACUUUGCCCUGAAUCUUGUGGUGAAGAGCUAGAAAUACAGUUUCACAGUGAUCCACUGGCAGCUGUAAAUGCCUGUUAUGAAGGAGACACAGUCAUCAUCUGUCCUGGUCAUUAUGUUGUAGAUGGCGUGUUCUGCAUUGCUGAUUCAGUUGAACUAGAAGGCUAUGGCCUGCCAGAUGAUAUUGUGAUAGAAAAACGAGGGAAAGGAGACAACUUUGUUGACUGUACAGGAGCCAAUAUAAGGAUCUCCAGUUUGAAGUUAGUGCAACAUGAUGCUGUGGAGGGGAUUUUAAAUGUCCAUCAUGGGAAAACCACGCUGGAGAAUUGUGUGUUACAGUGUGAAACUACAGGCAUAACAGUACGAACAUCAGCUGAGCUAUUAAUGAAAAACUCAGAUCUGUAUGGUGCCAAGGGUGCUGGUGUGGAAAUAUAUCCAGGUAGUACGUGCACCCUCUUAGACAAUGGCAUACACCACUGCAAGGAGGGAAUACUUAUAAAGAACUUUUUAGAUGAACAUUAUGACAUCCCCAAGAUAACCAUGGUCAAUAAUAUGAUCCAUAAUAAUGAAGGAUAUGGUGUGGUCCUGGUUAGACCAACAAUGCCCUUGGACAUAAAGGAUGCUUCAGUAGAGAGAACAAAAGGGACUACACAGCCUACCCAGUCAGGUGAUGGGACAGCCUGUGUAGAGGGCUUCAGGCAAGAAGAACUACCUGAAUGUGUAACUGAUGAGUUGGAGCUUUAUGAGCAAGCUGAGAUUUCUGAACAAACUGAAGGCAAUUAUGAAAUUGCAAAUGAACUUGGGGCUACUUCUGCAAAGAAGAGCCAGAUGCACAAGAAAAGACUGAGUGAACUGGGAAUCACAGAAGCUGAUGACAACUUAAUGUCACAGGAAAUGUUUGUUUCUAUCGUGGGCAAUCAGUUCAAAUGGAACGGGAAAGGAAGUUUUGGUACCUUUCUUUUCUGACUGUCCUGACUCCUAAUGGCAUUGCAAUAAGAGAUUUGCACAAGCUGUUAUUUUCACUGCUGCUUUCCAAGGAGUUAACCUGUUCCAUUAGCCUUCCAUAAUGUUACUAAAAUGUGACAAAUAUUUAUUAAUAGUAUAUAUAUUGCAUGUGGAAACUUUGCUUCCUUGCUGCAAGUAUGGAUAACAUGGUAGAAAACAGAACUCUAGCAUGGAGACUGUGCAUGUAUUCUGCUAAUCUAUGUGCUGCGUCUUUGCUAGCUCUCUGAUGAAUUUUCUUAGUGUCUUUAUUUAACUUCUCAUUGUAAAAAAAAAAAAAAUCCUCAAAAAAGAAAAUAUUGAUAGGGUUCAUCAUGGAAGAGUGGACAAAAAAUGUGCAGCAAUUAGUGGUACAUCUUCCUCCACAUUUUUUUAAAGUGUCAUUAGUCUGCAGCUGACUCUUGUAAGAGAUUGACAUACUUUUUAAUUUUUUACGUUGAACAGAAGCUAGUGAAAUGCUCUUCCUUAGGAACGUAGUGGUUGGCUGCCAUGUUUCAUACUUGAAGGAUUUUCUAGAAAACUUAGCAUUUGGAAGGGUAGCAUCAUUCAGUCUUCUGUGUCUUUCUGUGCCCAGCUGUUUACUUCCAACAGCUACCAGUGCCUGUGCACCUUUUCCUUAGGGAGGACAGCAUCUAACUAAACUCCAUUAAUCUGAAUAAAGAGAAAUCAAAACAGAUGUCUUUCUGUCUAUUAGUGGUCUCAUACUGUAGCUUUCAGUGCAUUAUUCUAAAAUUUUUAAACCCGUAUGCACUUGUAGCAGCUGAGGUUUUGGAAAUGAAUGGAAAAUUUAAAAAAUUACUUUCCACUGCAAUCUCAUCAGCCUACAGCUGUGGAACAGUCAGUAAAACAAAGGCACUUCAGUGGCUCACUGUUGCACAUUAUUAGUUUUUACUUGAGGGAAAAACUGGAAAGACUGCCUGAUUGAGGACUCUUCCUUCUCAGUGCCUCUCUGAUUUUUUUUAAUUACAAAUCUAGAUGCCUUCUUCAAACUUCUGUACUGUCUUCAAGAGUUGUAGGUCAGUUUUUGAACUGGUGUGUGAAAUGUAUGUAGGAAAAUACUAACUCCUAAGUGAUUCGGAAUGUCCUAUGAAACCGAAUCAAAUAUGGUGUUAAGAAGGGAAAAGCAUGUUGCCAGCAAAUUGACUUUGGAAUAAGUUCUGAAAGUAGCUUAGCAGGUGUAUGCCUUCACUAGAAAUGAAUGCAUUGCCUAGAAGUGGAUGUGAAUAGUCUGAUCCAGAUUUUUCACUCCACUCUAGCUGUUCUUAAAUUGAGAUGACAAUCAAAAUUCACUUCAGUAUAUGAUUUGUUUUAGUGUGAGCAGCUGAUAGAAAGGAAAAGAGAAAAGUGCAAUUUACAAGCAUUUUUUUUCCAUUUUGUGAACCACAGAAUUCAUUGCAGCUUUCCUAGCCCACUGCUUCUGGUUUUGUUCUGCUCAGGAUAUUUGACUUCGGACUAAACUCUGGGUUUUGAUGAACAUAAAUGCCAUUGCAGUAUCUCAACAUGCACAAACCCAUACCUGUUUGCCACUUAGUGACUUUAAAGAAAUACUUGAGUCAAGUGAAAGCCUAAUGCUAAGACUGGCAGUAGUUUAGUAUCUUAAGCUAUUCAUCAGGUCACAUGCCACGUUUCAUGCUUUGAUGUUAUGCCUUUAUUUCCCAAGUGUAAUCCUUAUUGAAGGACUGGGGCUAAAAAUUAAUUCUGUGGUUCUUUCCUCUCAUCUUUUCAAAAUCGUAAUUCUCCCGAGUGAGCUGCCUUCGUGAUGUGUAGGUAGCAUUUCUUUCCCUUGCACUUCAUUUUAAGCCUGGCUUAUCUCUUGACAGCGUCUUAUCUCCCUUUUUUAAAAUUCAGCUUUACAUUUAUGAAGAUACCAAUAAAAACAUAACUCUUCUGCUUUCAAUACUAGCACAAUUUUGCCUGUUCCUGUGCAAGAUGCCAACAGUGAUUCUAUUGUGCAGGUUGUCAGUAGGUCAAGGAGCAAUAUGUAAAAAGAUGAGGCUGCUAGUACAACUUCCAGCCGUUUCCUUUGUGCAGCAACUGUAUGAUAAAAUUGUGGUUAAAGUCGUGAUGACACUUGAGCCUCAAGGGACUAAGCUUUGAAUGGAGCCUUCUCAUCUCAGAGUUUUGUCCUUCCAAUCACUUAUGUCAUUGAUAAAUGUAAGUUUCUUUAUUUUGCAGCUUUAAUUCCCCUUUGAAGUGCAGAAGGAGAAAUGUUUAGAUAUAAAGGGAAAGAACUGUUGACUAACACAAGGUUUGUACACUCAACUUGGAGUGAUGCAUUUUUUAGCGGAUUAUAUAUUUGAAAUCAUAAAUUC